GCCCCGGCCUCGUGCCGCUCCCGAUGGCUAAGCGGCAGAAGCGGUUCUACCCUCUGCUCCCGUCCACCACCACCGACGCCGUCGCUACCGCCACCUUGGCGGCCCAUCGUCAUCCCCCGCUCGUCCCUAACGGGACGCAGACGGCGGCCCGAGUCCAAUUGGGCCUCCACGCCCCCAGCAGCGGCGGCGGCGGCAGCGGCUUCGCCGCAGGGUUCUCUCUCGGCCCCUGCUCUGCGGCAAUUCCCGAAAAGCUCGCAAAGAGCUCCGGCGAUCACUUAACACUCUCUCUCCUCCCCUGCUCCCCGCCACCACCCCCUUCCCCGCCGGAGGUCAAGCACGACGUGCCGGUCGAGCAGGACCUCCUCCAGAAGCUGCAGGAGCCGAAGGUGAUUACGCCGAUGCUCGUGCGGCCAGUGGCCUCGAGCAUCACUGUCGGGCCCAUCACCCCAGAUGCCACCGCAGUCCCCCCGGCCCCCAUUCCUGCAAAACCGGAGGUUGUCGAGGAAGAGGUGGAGUCGGAAACCCUCCCCGCGGUGGUCUCCGACUCCCGCAACCGGGUUCGGCUCACAAAUUCCGCCUACAAAGAGAUGGUGGGCCAGCCGGAGUGCCCGUGGCUCGACUCGAUAGGAUUGGACGGCCACGGCAUGAAGGUCAGGCUCGCGAUGAAGCCGGAGAGGCCGCAACGGAUCGCCGGGGCAGUGAGGCUCGAUGUGGCCGAGUCCGCGAUGCCAAAUUCAGCGAGUGGGUUCUCGUGCCAGGUGAAGAUAGAGUGGGCAUGCAACGGGAGGAAGAACUACAUCAAUGCGCCAUGCACAGUGAGCAGGCUCUACUGCGAAUCCAGGGACUACCUCUUUACUUGGAGGUUUCACACCAACGAAGCCUCUGUUACCUAUUGCAAAGCUUAAGUACAUAUAUA